UUGCCGGCGCGAGGCGGGUCUGGUUCGGUGCACUUCACUUCCUGCUUCUCUUCCACGAUUCUAGACUGAUCCGCUGCCUCUGUCCCCACGAAAGACACAAUGUCACAUCAAACGGGCAUUCAAGCGAGGAAUGAUGUGAAGGAAAUGUUUGCCAGUGCCAGAGGUGGAGAUCAAUACCGCGUGCUGAAGAUCGUCAUCGAGGAUGAGCAGCUGGUUCUAGGUGGCUACAACAAGGCAUCAAAGAAGUGGGACCAGGAGUAUGAUUCUUUAGUGCUGCCGCUGCUUGAGGAUGACAUGCCAUGUUAUAUUUUGUACCGGCUGGACUCCACCAACAACCAAGGCUACGAAUGGAUCCUUCUGGCCUGGUCACCAGACCACUCUGCUGUGCGGCAUAAAAUGUUAUAUGCUGCUACCAGAGCAACGUUAAAGAAAGAGUUUGGAGGAGGCCACAUCAAAGAUGAUAUUUUUGGUACUUCAAAGGAUGAUUUGAACCUUCACGGCUACAAGAAAUAUCUGACCUCACAGGCAGCUCCUUUGCCCCUCACUGCUGCAGAGGAGGAACUGAGACAGAUCAAACUGAACGAGGUGCAGACGGACAUCAGUGUGGACACCAAGCAGCAGACUCUGCAGGGAGUGGCCUUUCCCAUUGACAGUGAAGCUGCUGAGGCACUCAAACAAUUUAGGCAGAAAAAAGUGAACUAUGUACAACUGAAAAUAGACACAAAAAGCGAGAUAAUUCGCUUGUGCAGCACUGAGCCAACAGAGCUGAAAGACCUGUCAAAGAGAAUCCCCAAAGAUUCUCCACGUUACCACUUCUUCCUCUACAAACACUCCCACGAAGGCGACUACCUGGAGUCCACAGUCUUCAUUUAUUCCAUGCCAGGGUACAAGUGUAGCAUCAAAGACAGGAUGUUGUAUUCCAGCUGCAAAAAUAACUUGAUUGACAUGGUGGAAAGCAAGAUCAAGAUUGAGAUUGAGAAAAAGCUGGAAAUUGGAAAUGGGGAUGAACUAACGGGUGAUUUCAUGUAUGAGGAGGUGCAUCCCAAGCAGCAUGCACAUAAGCAGCUGUUCAACAAGCCCAAAGGCCCUGCUGGCAAAAGAGGUGGUCGCCGAAUCACCCAACUUCCCGGUGAGGAAGAGGAAGAUUAAAACGGACCUCGGCUCUAGAGCACGUUCCACAGUGGAACAUUCCUGCAAUGGGGCCACAAAGUUCAUAAUUGAUCCCCCCCCCCCCCCCCCCCCCCC